UUUUUGUCGUGCAACAAUCGUGUGGCAUAGGUACCUAGGUAGUAGUAGGUAGUUCUAGGUAAUUUCAAAGGUUCUUCGGUAUCGUUCACAAAUUCUAUCACUGAGAUUAAUAUAGCUAUCUAUGUUGAUGAUAUACUGCACCCUGGUUGCUGGGUGCCCCCAUUAAUCCCUCCAAGGUAAUUUUCACAAAAGCUCUGCAUGUAGGGAGCUAGAUAGGAAUGUGUAGGUAGGUAGGGGAAACAACUCAGUGGACUAGGUAGCUAGCUGAACCAGUCUUGCCCGCUUGGUGAUCCAAUCUAAGAAAAAGUUCUGUAACGUCCUGACACCGGAGAUGGGCCCCAGUCAUGAGUCAUCGGUGGUGGGAGCAACACCUUUAGACCGCUACUCUCCUUUCAAAGUUUUUGUGUGUAUUUUUGAUCAAGAAUUUAUAAGUGUUGGAAGGGAUUCUUUGCUUAAAGGUUACAACUCCGUCUUGAAAAUGAGAGUUCUGUGUCAGAUCUUACUAGCAAGAAGUGCAUAUAGAUGUGAGUUGAAUAUUCUAAGAAACAUAAGUCACAGUAAGGAUUUUAAGUUGAAGGAUGACCCGAGUGAGAACACUCUUGAAGAAAACCCACCAGAUAUUGUACAAUUGGCUCAAGAUAAAAAUAUUUUAUAUAGCUCACACUUAGCUUCUAAAGGCAUUCGGGUAGAUCUUCUAUCAAGAAGAAAUUUUACGGAGAAAUAUCAAAGAUUAUCAUUAGAGCAGAGAAAAAAAAAUUCAGUUCCUCUCAUAGUGAAGAAAUUGCUUCCAAGGAAAGAUUUUGAGAAAGUGGAAAGAGAAGACACUGAUUAUGAGGAGAGAGAAUCUCGUGUGACUCUCCCAUAUACAGAAGUUGAAAAUAUAAGAGCUGAGAAAUUGAAUUCCAACCUAAAAGCUGUUGAGGAAUAUGAUUGGGGUAAUUUUAAAGACACUGUGUCAGAUGACAUUGCAAAUAGAAUGCAGGCUUAUGAAAAAAACCUACUUGAGUCAGUGAAAACUCAAGAAAGAGAUACGUCACGAAUGAGAGCAGAAGGUACACAUUCAAGGUCGGUUAUGAAGGAUGGACUAUGUAUUGAUGAUGUUCUGGAGUAUGGCACAUGUGAUCAAUUUAUUCCUGUCAGUAAGGUGCCUUGUGGUGGUUGUGGUGCAUUGCUUCAUUGUCAAGAUUAUGCUCUUCCAGGCUUCAUUCCUAAGGAACUUUUUGAAAUACUGGAUCCAGGAGAGUUAAGAAGUGUCACAUGUCAAAGAUGCUACUUUUUAAAACAUCACAAUACAGCUCUUAACAUUAGGGUAUCACCAGAUGUCUACCAGACAUUAUUAGAGCCAAUAAAAGAAAAAAAAGCCCUAGCUGUUGUGGUUGUUGAUCUUCUAGAUGUUCCUUGCUCCAUUUGGCCAAAUCUUAUCGACAUAUUAGGUACUAGGCGACCUGUUGUUGUAGUUGGAAAUAAAGUGGAUCUUCUUCCGGCUGAUGAUGUUAACCAUCUUCAAAGAAUAAAAGAAUCUUUAAAGGCUGUUAUAGAUCAGACUUCUCUAGGAAGAUGCAAUAUUGUACAUAUAGCUUUAACCUCAGCUAUUACAGGUUUUGGCAUUGAAAGUCUUAUCACAAAAAUCCAAACUUCAUGGGGAGUAAAAGGUGACAUUUACUUAGUUGGCUGUACCAACAGUGGUAAGUCUACUUUGUUCAAUGCACUUUUGGGGUCAGAUAUGUGCAAAACAAAAGCAUCCUUCCUCAUCCAUCGAGCAACUACUUCUCCGUGGCCUGGAACUACUUUGAAUAUGUUAAAGUUUCCACUUCUUCGCACAUCGCAUUCAAGAUUAUAUGAAAGAAGGCAGAGAUUAACUGAACAAAAUGUGAAAUUUAAGAGAGUCAAGGAGUACACCUCUGAUGUGGGCUUAGCAACACUUGCAGGUUAUAUAGGGAGGACAUUUGCAGAUGAAAAACAUGAAGAGAAGAUGGAUCAGUUUUCUCUGGAUGCUAACAAGCUGCCUAGGAACUCUAUUAAAAUUUUAGGAAUUAAUGAAUCUCACCCAGAUUAUAUUGCUAGCAAAUGGUGCUAUGAUACUCCUGGCACUGUUCAGCCAGAUCAGAUGAUUAAUCUAUUGACACAUGAAGAACUGAUGAAAGUCCUGCCUCGUCAAUUAAUUAGACCACAGACUUUCUCUCUCACAUCUGGCAAGACUCUGUUCAUUGGUGGAUUAGCACGAUUUGAUGUCUUGUAUUGUGCAUCAUCUGUGAGAAUUACAGUUUUCUCAGCACCCAAAAUUCCAAUAACCAUUGUGAAAACCGUCUAUGCUUCAUUAUUUUAUUCUAAAUAUUUGGGAACACCAGUAUUAGGAGUACCUGUGGGUGGUGAAGAAAGACUUCAACAUUGGCCUACCCUAGCCCCCCAUGACUUGAAAAUGAUGUCAAACAACAGUCAGGAGUGUUGUGGCGAUGUUGUUUUAUCUUCUGCAGGUUGGGUAGCUGUUAAUGCAAAAGAGGGCCUGGCAAUAGAUGUACGGGGAUGGACCCCGGGAGGACGUGGCAUAUACCAGAGGACACCAUCAAUGCUUCCUAGGAUAAUCAACCUCAAAGGAAGGCGGCUAAAAAGUUCUCCUGUGUAUAAACCUCAUAAGUUAUUGAUUCCCAAAAGUAACGAAGUUUAGUUACCUAUGUACUAGGCUACAGACACUGUAAAUAAGUCUGUUAUAACUGUGGUGUAAAAAUAUUCUCUAUUACUGUACAUGUAUUGUUGUGCUUUGUUAAUAAAAGUCCAAUUUCUUUA